GGAGCGCGAGCUCGGAACGAGACUCCAUGGGUUGUAAGAAAAUGGCAGACAAGCCAGACAUGGGGGAAAUCGCCAGCUUCGAUAAGGCCAAGCUGAAGAAGACCGAGACGCAGGAGAAGAACACCCUGCAGACCAAAGAGACCAUUGAACAGGAAAAGAGGAGUGAAAUUUCCUAAAAGCCCAGACUGGAGGAUUACCCCACCCCACCCCACCCCGUCAUCUCUGAGACCCCCUCGUGAUGUGGAGGAAGAGCCACCUGCAAGAUGGACACGAGCCACAAGC